CUCAGUUACGUCAGCACAAUAGUGCCAACAUGGCGUUCACGCUGUAUGCACUGAUACAAACAGCGAUUUUAUUCACUAAUGCCAUCGCAGUUCUUCACGAAGAGAGAUUUCUCUGUAAAAUUGGCUGGGGAGUAGAGCAAGGUAUCGGAGGUUUUGGAGAUGAACCCGGGAUUAAAGCACAACUUCUCAACCUUAUUCGAUCUGUCAGGACUGUCAUGAGAGUGCCUCUGAUAGCAGUAAAUUUAGUGUGUAUCGUCUUACUAUUAUUGUUUGGAUGAAGAAAGAACGGACUGCAGUGGAACAGGAUCUUAUGUGGAACACAGUGAAUGUGGCUGUUUUGGAAAAUUGACUGUUUUUUUUGUUUUUUUUGUAUCUGUGGUUAUACACUGAUCAUGUGUUAUGAUAUGUGUAUAUGUUGCUCUCUAAAUGUCUCAAAAUCGUAUUCUAAAUUUACUCUAAAUCCUCUGGGAGUUAUAUAUUAAAAUAUCAGAAAGUGUUUUUUUUUUCUUUUCAUGUUUUGUAACUUUAAUUACUGAUGUUACAAAAGCACAUGUGAUUGUAUGUGCUAUUGUUGUCACGUUCAAGGUCUAGUAAAGUUUCCCUUUAUCUGGAUUCCAUGAGAACAAGCAACUAUGAAAUCAGCCAGGCAGGUUUCCAAAAGCAGCACAGUUGUCUUCUUGAGGUUUAUUUUGGUCUCAAAUAUAUUUUCUUUCCUUAGAUUUUAGCAUAAAAAAAGACCACUUGAAAGGUUAAAGUUGUGCUUAAUUUAAGAAAGAAAUGACUGUGUUCUUUAAAGACUCAAGGGAAGGCAUCUGAAUUUAAUAAAGAUAUUCUGGCUUUGCUGAAAUUGCAGUGUUUUUAAGAUAUCAAGCUUUAAAGAAAUAGUUCACUCAAAAAAGAAAACUCCCUCAUUUACUCACCCUCAUGCCAUCGCAGAUGUGAAUGACUUUCAUUCUUCUGCAGAACACAAAUGAAAAUUUUCAGAAGAAUAUUUCAGCUCUGUAAGUCCAUUCAAAGCAAAUGAAUGGUGGCCAGAACUUUGAAGGUCCAAAAAGCACAUAAAGGGAGUAUAAAAGUAAUCCAUAUGAUGCCAGUGGUUUAAUUCAUGUCUUCAGAAGCGAUAGAUAGUUGUGGGUGAGAAACAGAACAAUAUUUAAGUCCUUUUUUACUAAAAAUUCUCCUCCUUGCCCAGUAGGUGGCGAUAUGCAUAAAGAAUGUGAAUCACCAAGAAAAAAAAAAAGACUUAAAUAUUGAUCUGUUUCUCACACACACACAUAUCACUUUUGAAAAUAUAGAUUUUACCACUGGAGUCGUAUGGAUUAUUUUUAUGCUCCCUUUAUGUGCUUUUUGAGCUUAAAAGGUUUGGUAACCAUUCAUUUGCAUUAUAUGGACCUACAGAGCUGAAAUAUUUUUCAUAAUUUUAUAAUUUUCAUUUGUGUUAUGGAGAAGAAAAAGUCAGACAUCUGGGAUGCCAUGAGGGAUCAGAGAGUUUUCAUUUUUGGGGUGAAAUAUUCCUUUAAUGUGCAACAUGUUUUGUCUGAAGAGAUGAGCUUUGAGUUGUGACUCAAGUAGCCUCUGCCCUUGUGAGCCAGUCAACACAUUUAAUGUUUAUUUCAAUGUGCCUUUCCAUCUAUUUUGCCUUGUUUGACUUUUCUUUGUUAUGUUAUGUAAUACCACUAAUGUUAAAAAAAAAAAAAAAAAAAGUGUUAUGGGACAGAACUAUUCAUUGAAUGUUUUAGGUAUUUUGCCAUCUGAGGUCAGUCGACAUUUGAUUGAAAAAAAUGUGUAAUCAAAAUGAGGUCAGUUUGCUUGUUUGACAUGACACGUUUGGUUCAGUGAUUAGAAGCAUAUGGAGUCCAUUAGCAACACUAGAUUACUCCAUCAGGAUUAGAGUACCUUUUUAUUAGCAGUAGCCCAGACCACAGUUAAUACGUUGAAUUACAACCAUAUGUUCAUAGCAGCGAUUACAGCCUAACCCUUUUAUAAUCUAUGCUUAAUGGUUAUUAUUAUUGUAGAUGAUGUGACUAUAUUUCUCCAGUCCCAGGGUUUAUCCCCUGGAAGAGAAGAAUUAUGGGUUUUGAAAUGUUGUCAGCAAAGCUAUGUUCAUCAUUACCCAAAAUAAAGGGGAUCUAACAGGAUCAACAAUACAGGUCA